AUGAAGGCCACUCCGUUGCUCAUCGCAUGGCACAAUGACAAUGCGCCAAUCUACUCGGUUCAUUUUGAGCCCAAUGGCAAAGGCCGUCUAGCAACGGCUGGAAAUGACAAUAACGUCCGGUUAUGGAAAGUGGAUUCGAACAAGGAGGAGCGAAAGGUUACCUACCUAAGCACGCUCGUGAAGCACACUCAGGCCGUCAAUGUGAUCCGGUUCAGUCCGAAAGGCGAGAUGCUGGCAUCUGCCGGAGACGAUGGAAAUGUCCUUCUCUGGGUACCCUCGGAGCUGCAGACACAAGGCGGGCUCGGAGAGGAUCGAUCGGACGACAAGGAAACCUGGCGCGUGAAGCAUAUGUGUCGGUCGUCGGGAGCAGAGAUUUAUGAUUUGGCUUGGUCGCCUGAUGGUGUGUUUAUUAUUACGGGGAGCAUGGAUAAUAUCGCCCGGAUUUAUAAUGCGCAAACUGGACAAAUGGUGCGGCAGAUCGCAGAGCAUUCGCAUUAUGUUCAGGGUGUUGCAUGGGACCCUCUCAAUGAAUUUGUGGCUACACAGUCGUCGGAUCGGUCCGUCCAUAUUUACAGCCUCAAGACGAAGGACGGUCAGUUCACGCUUACUUCGCAUGGGAAGUUUUUGAAGAUGGAUUUACCGGCCAAGCGUAUUCCAUCGAGCAGUCCGGCUCCAGAACCUACGAGCAAGCCUGCGCCUACCAGCUCAGCGGCUAUUACCUCCCCAGCUCCGUCAACGCCUGGGACUCCAAUGGCUUCGAAUUUACCAAUGGAUCCCCCGCCUGUGUCGCAUAGCCGUCGGUCAUCAUUUGGCUCUUCUCCGUCGUUUCGUCGGUCAGCAUCGCCUGCUGCAUCAUCCUUACCACUGCCUGCGGUCAAACCGCUCGAGGCUGCAUCUCCUAGCAUCAACACCCUAGGAAUCAAGAACGCCAACCUAUAUGCCAACGAGACUUUCACAUCAUUUUUUAGACGACUGACUUUUACCCCCGAUGGAAGCCUUUUGUUAACGCCAGCGGGACAAUAUAAGACGUCGCACGUAUCUCCUACCGAUCCCUCAAAGACUACGGACGAUAUCAUCAACACGGUCUAUGUCUACACGCGUGGGGGUUUCAACAAACCGCCUCUUACGCAUCUACCAGGGCAUAAGAAGCCCUCCGUGGCAGUCAAAUGCUCUCCUAUACUCUAUACCCUGAGACAAACGUUUAAGCCUUCCAAGUAUAUCACCUUGGAUACCUCGUCUGGAGAUGACGCAUUCGCUUCUCUUCCUGAGCCGGUUGUCGCCGCAGAUUCUGCAGAUAAGCAGUCUAUGGACCCUCCAUCAAAUACCAAGAAAGCAGAGGGCGAAGGCGCUUCCGGCAGCCCAAGCCCAGUGUUUUCAUUGCCAUAUCGGGUUGUGUAUGCUGUAGCCACACAGGAUGCCGUUCUGGUAUAUGAUACCCAACAGCAAACACCGAUAUGCGUGGUCAGCAACCUGCAUUUUGCAACCUUUACCGAUUUGACAUGGUCUGGUGAUGGCCUAACACUGGUCAUGAGCUCGUCUGAUGGGUUCUGCUCCACUCUUUCUUUUGCACCAGGGGAACUGGGACAGACAUAUACAGCCACGACGGCAUCUCAACCUGUUACUUCGAGUGCAACACCCAACCCUUUACCGACACAACCACAUGCAGCUUCGCCCGCUGCCGCAACAACCCAACCUAGCUCGGCCCAGGUUGUUGUUCCCCCAGCUAGCCCGGCACGUUCCAACUCGGCCACCCCAGCAUCAUCAGCCUCCGUGAUCAACAAUCCUACACCAACGCUCGGGUCCGUCCCUUCGGUGACAGCAACUCAUUCCGCACAACCACCUACUCUUCCUUUAACCACACCUCCGCAAACACCGUCCUCUGUCUCGCAGAGCGGAUCAAACACCACCACAACAGCAAAUAAUACCGUCCUCGGCAAGAGAGAGGAGAGUCAAGAUCAACAACAACAGGAGCAACAACCGAAGAAGAGGCGGAUAGCGCCGACUCUCGUCUCUACCGAUGGUCCCGGAGGUGGUAGUGAUUCAGCUCCCGCUCCUUGA